CCCUCCACUUACCUUUCUUGAACCCCCUUCUUCCCCACCCCCACGCGUCUGUCCAGUAAAACCGUAGAGAUCAUCCACCCAACUUACACGUGAGGAAAGCAAGGCCAGGGAGGACCGUGAUUCACCCAAUCGCGAAGCGUGGAAGCAGCAGAACCGGAACUCAUUCCAGUCCAUUUAACACCUACCGGUUCGCCCGUGUAAUUCUCAUGAUUCUGAGCAUGCUGAGUUCCUCACAUAUUUGUGUAACUUUAUGUAAUAUCAACAUGAAAUCCAUUCACAUAUUUUUGGCAGUUAAUUCACAUUGCUCUGCUUCUUUAGAAUAUGCAGAGUCCGUCUCUCUGUCCUUCUUGGUCUGUUGUUGUUCGUGUGUGUUACAGUCGUCUCUGAUUUGUGAGAGGUGUGUGGCCAAGAGCAGUUGAGUGUCUGAUCCUUGUGUAGUGUAACUGCGAUUCUGCACGUUUGUAUAUUUCUUAGGAUUGUGGGCCUUUCUGUGUACUACCCAGGAGUCUCUCUCGAAGACUGUGCGCUUGCUGAUCAUUGUGUGUCCAUUUGGAGGUGUCUGUACCCAGGGAAAGUUGUGCAAUUGUGUCUGCGGGGAUUGCCUGUUUGAAGGCCGAAGGGAAUCUGUCCUGGCUUAGGAGAAACCGUGUCUGCCAGGUGUCUAGGGCAGGGAUGUGUUUGUCUCCGAGCCAAUCCCGCUCCUCACUCCGGUCCCUGGGGGGGUCACCGUCACGUUUUACGAGAUGUUCUGGCCCCGCCUUCUGAGGGGGCGGGGCCUCGGGCUCCGCCUCCCGCCUUGGGAGAACCCAGGGUUGAGACCCGGAGAGGCAGGCCGGCGUCUCCCGCUUGGCCCCGCCCACCCCGGCUCCGGCCCGCUGAUUGGCGGUGUCCGUGGUGACGUCGCGGAGUUCACAGACAGAACUCUAGCGCCCGGAGUUUGUUACGUCGCUACCUGCUCACCUGGCCGUGGCUGCGUCCCGACCGCUACAUCCCGGAGCAGAGUGGGUGGCCCCCGCCGCCGCCGACAUGGUGUCCCCGGUCACUGUGGUGAAGAGUGAGGGACCCAAACUAGUGCCGUUCUUCAAGGCCACCUGUGUGUAUUUUGUACUCUGGCUGCCCUCCUCCAGCCCCUCGUGGGUCAGCGCCCUCAUCAAGUGCCUGCCCAUCUUCUGCCUGUGGCUGUUCCUGCUGGCGCAUGGCCUUGGAUUCCUGCAGGCCCACCCCAGCGCCACCCGCAUCUUUGUGGGGCUCGUCUUCUCUGCUCUAGGUGAUGCCUUCCUCAUCUGGCAGGACCAGGGCUACUUCGUGCAUGGUAUGCUGAUGUUUGCUGUGACCCACAUGCUCUACGCCUCGGCCUUUGGCAUGCGGCCACUGGCUGUCCGGACAGGUCUGGUGAUGGGAGUGCUGUCAGGCCUGUGCUAUGUCCUCCUCUACCCUGGCCUCUCAGGUGCCUUCACCUACCUGGUGGGAGUCUAUGUGGUCAUCAUCAGCUUCAUGGGCUGGCGAGCUGUGGCAGGGCUUCGGCUGGUCGGGGCAGCCUGGCGCUGGACGGAGCUGGCAGCUGGCAGUGGCGCACUGCUCUUUAUCAUCUCAGACCUGACCAUCGGGCUCAACAAGUUCUGCUUUCCUGUGCCCUAUUCCCGGGCACUCAUCAUGUCCACCUACUACGCUGCUCAGAUGCUCAUCGCCCUGUCAGCUGUUGAGAGCCGGUAGACUAUAGACUGAGCAAGGCUGGCUGAGAGGCCAGGGUCUGCACAUCCCUCUCUCCUGGGGUUGGGGUCCAGACCCUGGGAACCUCCUGUAGGAGGAGCUGCAUCAGGAUGGCUGCAGGGCAGCCUGGGGCAGCAGGUACUGCGUGGGGAAUUGACGAGUUGGAGGGGGUAAGCAGAAGGAUCUCCCUAGCAAAGCUAGUGGUCCAGGACAACACUGUGCACUCAGGCGGGCUGCCGCUGCUUGCCCCUGCGGGAGGCAAAGGUAGACCUCUCCCACCUCUACUCCAUCAGGACUGUCAGGACCUCCCCCCGAGGAUGAUGGUGCUUACCUUCUUGACCUCAUUCCCUACCAGGUGGAAGAGUAUGAUUCCAUCUCUUAUGCCUAGGACCAAGGCAGUGCUGGGCUUAUCCAUUCCCACCCUUGCUGCUCAGCACAAAGUUGCAGGAAAGAGGGGAGCCAUCUGUGCUGAGAGAACCCUGGGCCAGGGCUUGAAGGACUUUUCACUGGCCGUUAGUUGGGAAGAUUGGAUGAGGUUGGAGUCUCCUUUCCAUUCCAUGUUUUUUUUUUUGGUACUGGGGGUCGAACUCAGGACCUUGCGCUUGUGAGGCAGGCGGCAGAACCACUGAGCUAAAUCCCCGGCCUCCUUUCCAUGUGUUUAUCCUUAUUACUUGAACAAUCUUUUAGUGGUGAAUGGGGAAGAGAAGGGGUGUCUGUCUGGGGUGGCAGGAGAGGGAGCUUCCUAUACCAAGGGUUCAGUUGGCCCUGUGUCUCUCACAGGCAAACCCAGAUUGCAGGCUCCAGCGACCACUCUUAGACCCUGUUCCCAGGGCUGGGGUGAACCAUGCCAAGGAGGGGGCCAGUCUGUGUGUGUGUGCGUGUGUGCGUGUGUGGACUGUGUUUCUCUACCGUAUGUCUCUGUCCUGCUGUCUGUAAACGUCUCAUAAGGAGAGGGCCUCGGAGCUGCUGAGGGGUGCUGAGCCUGGCUCAGAGCUAGGACCCCCCACACCCAUUCUCAGUGGUUUCCUCCCUGCCCCUCCUGCACUGGGAGCAAGAGGGGGGGUCCAAAUGACACUAUGGGGUCUUAAAACCCAUGGCACAUUCAAUGCAAGGGGAGCAAGGGUGGAACAGUCCAUCCUUUACUGACCAUGUGAAAUAAAAAAUAAACAAAAACCAAGGGCUAUUGCCUGCCCCACAUGUC